AUGGAGCAUGGACGGAGAGAGUUGGCUUGGGAGCCGAAAGCCUUGGUUCAGCGGCUUUACGCUGGUCGUGUGCCCAAGGUGAUUGUUCUUAGCCUGCUGCUUCUGCUGGCCAAUGAGAAGAUGGACUGGUUGGCUUUGUCUGCCAUCCUUCGCCUAAAGCGAUCAAGUCUGGUGUUCCUGGCCCCAGAUGUGGCUGAGUCGAACGUCAUGGCCAUAAGGACCUACACACCUCAAUUCGGCCAGACAGUGGCUUCGAUGCUGCCGGAGAUGAAAGCCUCGCCCAUGCGACAGCCGAAGGCUGUUCCUGAAGAUGCAUCUAUGGAACUGCUACUCGGGUCCCAGCAAUACUACGAAGAUGCUGCAUCCAAGUACUGGAUGGAGGAUGCCUGCUUGGAUGAUGUCGUGUGCUACUUACUGGGAAGCCAAAGCAUCAAGCUGGCUCCGGAAAUUAAGCUUGCACUGGGCAUCGCACGAGCCUAG